AUGGCAUCUCGCAGUUCCUCCAGGCUAUCCGCUAUCUCAAGCCACAUCGACAAUAAAUCGGCUAGAACUAACCCCGAAAUGUCUUCUUCAGUCCAAAUCCCAGACCAAUUACCCUGGAAUCCGAACAACACACAGUUCCCUUCAAUCAAGAAUCUACCGAAACUGCCCGGCGCACCGGAGGACGCUGCUUGGGUCUGGGGAAAAGAUGAUGAGUUGGGUAGAUUGAAUCUGUUAACACCGCAGCGGGUUAAGGCUUCGACUGCUGAGAUCGAGACAGGCCAAAUGGUUCGAUUGGAUCUUCCUCUCACGGUGCCCGAGAAGCCUGCUUUCGACCGUGAGGUCUUCCAGCAUAAUAUCAAGACACUUGCUGCGGAUAUAUCCUAUGAUGAUACAUAUACCAUGAACACGCAGAGUGGGACUCAAUGGGAUGGGUUUAGGCAUUUCUCCCACAUUGACAGCAAACUAUUCUACAACGGGGCCAAAAGCACCGACUUCCUAGGCCCAACAGCAAACCACCGCUGCAGCAUCCACCACUGGUCAACCCACGGCAUAGCUGGCCGAGGAAUCCUCCUAGACUACUACCACUAUGCGCAAACAAACAAAAAAGCCUACGAUCCCUACACAACCCACAGCAUAACUUUAUCCGAGCUACAAGCCUGCGCAAAAGCCCAAGGCCUAGACCUCCGCCCGCAAUUUCAAGGCGGCGACAUCCGCAUCGGAGACAUCCUCCUCAUUCGCUCAGGCUUUGUAGAAAGGUACUACCAACUCAGCUCGGAAGAACGCUAUGCGGCAGCAACACGGUCACACGAGGCCCUGUGCUUCGCGGGAGUGGCGCGCGAGCCGGACAUGCGGGAUUGGUUGCAUGAUUGUUAUUUUGCUGCGGUUGCGGGAGAUUCACCGACUUUUGAGGCGUGGCCGGUUCCUAAUCAUGAUUAUUUGCACCAGAGUAUGUUGGCGCUUUGGGGUUGUCCGAUUGGUGAGAUGUGGGAUUUGGAAAGCUUGGCGAAGCUGUGUCGGGAGAAAGGGAAGUGGUCGUUUUUUGUUACGAGUGCUCCGGCUAAUAUGCCUGGUGGCGUUGGAUCGCAUGCGAAUGCUACUGCUAUUCUUUGA